GGGCCCAGACACGACGCGACGCCCGCCGGAGCGGGACCAUGUCGGGCCCCGAGGAAGAGGAGCCGCAGCCCCUGCAGCAACGGGCCAAGGAGAUCCUGAGGGGAUUCAAGCUAAACUGGAUGAAUCUCCGGGAUGCCGAAACAGGGAAAAUUCUCUGGCAAGGAACAGAAGACCUUUCCGUCCCCGGAGUAGAGCAUGAAGCUCGUGUUCCGAAGAAAAUUUUGAAAUGCAAGGCUGUCUCUCGGGAGCUAAACUUUUCCUCCACGGAACAGAUGGAGAAAUUCCGUCUGGAACAGAAAGUGUACUUCAAAGGACAGUGUCUAGAAGAAUGGUUCUUUGAGUUUGGCUUCGUGAUCCCCAACUCCACAAAUACCUGGCAAUCCUUGAUAGAAGCCGCACCAGAGUCACAGAUGAUGCCUGCAAACGUUCUGACCGGCAACGUCAUCAUAGAGACCAAGUUUUUUGACGACAACCUCCUCGUAAGCACUUCCAGAGUAAGACUGUUCUACGUUUGAGAGAAGGCUAGGGCGGGGUGUGGACCUGGCUUAGUUUCCCCACCCCCACCCCAAAAUACCUCCAAGCAAACUGCUUCCUGGUGCCGAAUCCUCAACCCACCCGAACUGAGUUCCAGUGGAAGACUCUCGCCCUUCUCUUCCUUUAGACGGUGGCAGCUCAGUUGUGAAGUUGUGAACAUGGCCAGUCCUCUCCAUUUUCCUCCUCCUGGCAGGAUGAGGCCGAGCCACAAGACACGAGUCAACCUCUGCUCCGAAAAGGAGGGGGUGAGGGGGAGGGGAUGAUGGUGCUGUUGGAGACCCACGUGCCCCCCUCCCAAAAGGGCAUGAAGAAUCAAGACUGUAAAUUAGUGCUGUUGGUUUCUUA